CUCUAGGGAAUCUGUCCUCCGUGAGAGGUCUGCCCCAGCCUGGACAUGGCACCAGACACCUGCUGCUGCUCGCGUGGGGCCCUGCAGAGGAGGCUGCCCAUCCUGGCCUGGCUGCCUGCCUACUCUCUGCAGUGGCUGAGGAUGGACUUCAUCGCUGGACUCUCCGUGGGACUUACAGUCAUCCCCCAGGCACUGGCCUAUGCGGAAGUGGCCGGACUCCCACCCCAGUAUGGCCUCUACUCUGCCUUCGUGGGAUGCUUCGUGUAUUACUUCCUGGGCACCUCCCGGGACGUGACUCUGGGCCCCACGGCUAUCAUGUCCCUCCUGGUGUCCUUCUACACCUUCCGUGAGCCCGCCUAUGCGGUGCUGCUUGCCUUCCUGUCUGGGUGCAUCCAGCUGGCCAUGGGGUUCCUGCAUUUGGGGUUCCUGCUGGACUUCAUCUCCUGUCCUGUCAUUAAAGGCUUCACUUCUGCUGCCACCAUCACCAUUGGCUUUGGACAGAUCAAGAACCUGCUGGGAUUGCGGAACGUCCCCCGGCAGUUCUUCCUCCAGGUGUAUCAGACCUUCCUCCACAUCGGAGAGACCAGGGUGGGCGACGCCGUCCUGGGGCUGGCCUGCAUGGUGCUGCUGUUUGUGCUGAAGCUGAUGCGGGAACACAUGCCUCCUCCCCACCCUCAGACGCCCCUUGGUGUCAAGUUCAGCCGUGGGCUGGUGUGGACUGUCACAACAGCUCGCAAUGCCUUGGUGGUCUCCUUUGCAGCCCUGAUUGCUUACUCCUUCGAAGUGACAGGACACCAUCCUUUUGUUCUGACUGGGAAGAUAGCCACAGGGCUCCCUCCUGUGCGGGCCCCACCCUUCUCAGUGACCACAGAUAAUAAGACCAUCUCAUUCUCUGAGAUGGUGCAGGACAUGGGGGCUGGACUGGCUGUGAUACCUCUGGUGGGCCUCCUGGAGAGCAUCGCCGUGGCCAAAUCCUUUGCCUCUCAGAAUAACUACCGCAUUGAUGCCAACCAGGAGCUGCUGGCCAUCGGCUUCUCCAAUAUGCUGGGCUCCCUCGUCUCGUCUUACCCAGUCACUGGCAGCUUUGGGCGGACAGCUGUGAAUGCCCAAUCUGGAGUGUGUACCCCGGCAGGGGGCCUGGUGACUGGUGUGCUGGUGCUGCUAUCCCUGGACUACUUGACCUCACUCUUCUACUACAUCCCCAAGUCUGCACUGGCCGCCGUCAUCAUCAUGGCUGUGGCCCCGCUCUUUGAUGCCAAGAUCCUCAGGACGCUCUGGCGUGUUAAGAGGCUGGAUCUGCUGCCACUCUGCGUGACAUUCCUGCUGUGCUUCUGGGAGGUUCAGUACGGCAUCCUGGCCGGGACCCUGGUGUCUUUGCUCAUCCUCCUGCACUCUGUGGCUAGGCCCAAGACCCAGGUGUCAGAAGGACACGUUCUUGUCCUGCAGCCGGCCAGUGGCCUGCACUUCCCUGCCAUCGAUGCCCUGCGAGAGGCAAUAAUGACCCGGGCACUGGAAGCAUCCUUACCACGCUGCGCGGUCCUGGAGUGCACGCAUGUCAGCAGCAUAGACUACACCGUGGUUGUGGGGCUCAGUGAGCUCCUGGAGGAUUUCCAGAGGCGGGGCGUCUCCCUGGCCUUCGUUGGCCUGCAGGUGCCUGUGCUUCGCACGCUGUUGGCCGCUGACCUGAAGGGGUUCCAGUACUUCACCACUCUGGAGGAGGCCGAGAAAUCCCUGCAGCAGGAACCAGGGACUCAACCCUACAACAUCCACGAAGACUGCCCAGAGCACAAGAUCUCCCUGCUGAAGUCUCUAGAAGGUUCUGUCACUGUGAUUUGAUGUUGACGUCACCUGACAGACUCACCAGCCUGGUGGGACUGAAAGCGCACCCCACAGGUGGCUCUGGAAAAGAGCAGGAAGUCAUGCGGUGAGACUUUCCUGCUGUCCCCUAGCUGUGAGAAUUUGGGGAGAGAGAGGCCAGGUGAACAGGAGGACCCAGGACUUGUGACCUAGGUUGGCUGGGGCGAGCUGGCACUUCCCAGGUCCUGAAUUCCUGUUUGGAACCAGGCCCUGCCCGAGAAGAGGCGGAAAAUCAAGCAUCUCAGAGAUGUGCCUGACCACAGCUCAGAGUUCAAGCUGAGCUGAGAGGGGGCCACAGUGUGCCAAGUACAAUGAGGACUGUUUAAAAUGGUGUGUUUUUAAAUGAAAGUCAUCACUUUGGUGUUUUCAUUGAAAAAAAAAAAAAAAGAAGGCAAAACAUUAAUGCUUGUUUAAAAAAAAAAAAUCCAAGAACUCAUCUAUCCCAUUCACUGUCCUCCUCACCUGAGGUCCCCUGCCCAGGACAGGUAUCUGUCAGUGUGUACACAUGGUGGCCUCUUAUGUGAACCAAAUCACUACAUCAAGGUACUUUGUAAACCAUCUUUAUGCAGUCAUUUACUGUGAGUUAUUUAUUAUGAUGAUGGAUGGCAUUAAAAUACAAGAUUUUUAUUUA